AUGGACCUCUUCCUCUACAACGACACCCAUCGCCUGUGGAUCUGUGGUCCCUGUGGAUUCGCCGUGCGGCCCGCCCAUCUCGCCGCCCACCUGGCCAACCGCCAUCCCAAGCAUCCCUCCGCGGCCACCCCGGCCCUCCGCCGGGCCGCCUGUGCCCUGAUGCUCAAGCGGCCCUGCUGGGACCCCGCGCGGGAGCCUGACCGUCCGGUCCCGCCGCCCCCGGCCCCGGGGAGUCCGCCGGUCCCGGGGCUCCCCGUCCACCCGGGCUAUCGCUGCCCCCACCCCGACUGUGCCUACAUCGUGUGCAAUCCUGAGAGCCUCCUGCGGCACCGGACCCGGAUCCAUGCGGACCGUCGACCCCGGGGCCGACAGCCCCCGGCCAGCCAGGUGUCCCCGCUGCCCCUGUAUCGGACCGUCAGCUGUCAGCGCUUCUUCCCCUCCGGUGCCGGCAGCGGUUUCUUCCAGGUCACCCCACCCGCGCACACGGAGCGGGCCCGCCAGGCGGCCACCAUGGGUGAGGUGGAGUUCAUCCGGAGGCAGGUGGCCGGGGCCCUCGCCGAGGACGCGGCGGCGGCGGAGGCCGGGGCCCAGCAGGUGCCGGACCCGGAUGCCAAAGCGCCCACCGAGAUAUCCCCCUGGCUGGAGCUCACCCGGUGGCCCGAGUUCCUGCAUGGGCAUGCCUUCACAGCGGUAGCCCCGCUGGCUGCACCACCGGAUCCCACAGCUGAGCCCCUUCUGACAGUGUUCAGCGCCAGCGUCGAGCGGCUGAUCGAGGCGGCCUACCAGUCCAUCAAGACGCGGCGGAUCAACGAGUUUGACCAGAUCCGAAUCAACAGCUUCCUGCAACGGCCACGGGUGUGGGACCGGCCCAUCCUGAUCCAGCUCCGGCCCUCCACCUACCGGGCCUACCGGCAGGUCUGGCAGCGGCUGAUCUGCUUCGCCUACCGCACCAGCCGCCCCAAUGCAGCCGUGCAGCUCGGCCACCAGCUCACCACUGCACAGCUGGCGGCCCUGGACCGGAUGGAGACGGCGGCAGCGGAGCUGCUGUCAUUGCCCUCGCCACCACUCUGCACACCCGGGCCCGGGGCGGCGGAUCAUCCACCAUGGACCACAGGAGGGGGCCCAUGGGUCGUCAUCCAGACGCCCCGUGGGGGGGAUCGGGAUCGGGACCCGGAGGGGGACCGGAGGACCGAGCGGCGCCAUGCAGCAUAUGAGCAACUGGACCAUGCCUGCCUGGACCUGUCCAUCGCGCUGCUGGACCACCCACUGAAAGGGGAUCUCUUUGAGAGUGCGGUGGUGGCCUUCCUGGCAGUGUUGGGGGUGGAUGUGGAGAAACAGACCUUCCGGGACCCCUACGCGUUCACCAGCUCCCUGUCCGGGCUGAUCAAGAUGGCCCAGAUGCUGGUGGCGCAGCGCGCGGUGCAGAUGGCGGACCAUGGUCAGGUUGAGCACCCGGCAGAUGCCCUGGAGGCCAUGCGGGAGCGGUUCCUCCUCCCGGGGGUGGCUGCCCCCCUUCAACUGGCUCACACGGGCUGCGCACGUUUGGCAAGCGCAUCCAGAACACCACCACCAGUCUGGGAUAUAUCUACUGGAGCGAUGACCAGCAGACCCUGA